UGAUGAUGAUUAAUUUUCUCUCUCGUAUGCAGAUGGUUCAUCCAAUUUUGGAUCAGAGCUUCUUUCUUGACAAUACUCACAAGAUGAGACUUAAGGAGGAGUUUAAAAUUGAACCAUGGACUUUUGAGCAACAUGUUGGAGAAGCUGUCAUCAUUCCUUCUGGAUGUCCAUACCAGAUUAGGAAUCCUAAGUGUUGUGUACAUGUGGAAUUGGAAUUUGUGUCCCCUGAGAAUGUCUCCGAGUGUAUCCAAUUGAUUGAUGAGGUCCGGCUGCUUCCUGAAGACCAUAAAGCAAAAGUAGAAAAGCUAGAGGAGUUGAUAACUUAUCUGUUGUUGCUUAUGAUCACUCCAUUCCAUCUCAUCUUGUUUUUCUGGAAAGCAAGAGGUUUGACUAGAGAUGGGAGCCAAGCCCAAUGGUUUGUAGAUAGACAGGCAACAUUUGAAGCAAUUGCUACUUCAAUUCAAGAUGCAAAGUCAGAGAUCUUCAUUACGGGUUGGUGGUUGUGGCCAGAGCUAUAUCUGAGACGGCCUUUUGAUAGCUUUUCUACCUCUCGGUUAGAUUCAUUACUAGAAGAAAAGGCUAACCAAGGGGUUCAAAUCUAUGUGCUUCUCUACAAGGAGGUUUCUCUAGCUUUAAAAAUCAACAGCUUGUACAGUAUGAGAAGACUGUUAAAAAUUCAUGAGAAUGUGAGGGUAUUAUGCUAUCUUGAUCAUUUCGCUGCUCGUGUGUAUUUAUGGUCACACCAUGAAAAACUUGUGAUUAUUGAUUACAAGAUUUGCUAUAUCGGAGGAUUAGAUUUAUGCUUUGGUUGAUAUGACACACCUGAACAUAAAGUGGGUGACUGUCCUUCUGUAAUAUGGCCUGGAAAGGACUAUUACAACCCAAGAGAAUCUGAGCCAAAUUCAUGGGAAGACAC